AAGAAAGAAGGGCCACCAUAAAAAGGUUUUCAGGUAGGGUUGUGGAGAGAAGGAAUCGACCAAACUCUUUCUGUGGGACAAAGAGUGGCAUUCCAUUGAAAUGCAAUACUUUGCAAACCUGUCCACUGUCUGGUUUACCUAAUCAGGGGAUGAAGUCCAUUGGCUAAGGGGGCGGAGAGGGGGGAGAGUGUAUGUAUACGAGUCUGAUCUCUGCUCUCUCACUCCUUCCCUGACUAACUCUCAGGUCAGCACGUAUUCUACUGAGCGGAUUCCUCCACCUUUCCUGUAGCCAUGAAGCUGCCUGUCCCUGUCCUCCUGCUCCUCUGCCUCUCUCUGAGGCCAGUGUCCUCCCAGGAGGCAGAUCAAGCUACUCCCGCACCAGAACAGACCCUCAAUAACACAGAGGAGGAUUCAGACUGGGGCAUUGGGAGCGUCCGGGGCGGCUUCGAGGCAGUCAGUGGAUACUUCGACUCGUUCCUGGAGCUGCUGGGGGGUCGCAAUGGGGUCUGCCAGUACCGCUGCAGAUUUGGAAAGGCUCCCCUGCCCAGGCCAGACUACAGGAGCCCUGAGCCCAAUGGCUGCAGCUCCUAUUUCCUGGGACUCCAGCUUGACCUGGGCAUCCCUGCUAUGACCAAGUGCUGUAACCAGCUGGACCACUGCUAUGACACGUGCGGCACCAACAAGUACCGCUGUGACACCAAGUUCCGCUGGUGCCUCUAUGGGAUCUGCUCUGACCUCAAGAAGAGCCUAGGCUUUGUGUCAAAGAUCAAAGCCUGUGAGUCGGUAGCAGACACCCUGUUUAACACGGUCUGGACGCUGGGCUGCAAACCGUUUAUGAACAGCCAGAGGGGAGCCUGUAUCUGUGACGAGGAGGAGAAAGAGGAACUGUAAAGCCAAGAACAGCCGUGCCAGUGCUGGAGAGGCAUUCCUGCGCCACCAGCA